AUUAUAAAAUUUGUCAAUAAUCAAAAUGGCGGACUUAGAGAGUAAUGUUGAAGGUCUGAAAAACAGUAAACAUGACGAGGAAGAAGAAGACUUAUGGUCUUCCAUACUGAACGACGUUUCUUCAUCCGCCUCGCGAAAGCUACCUUCGAACAAGUCUCUGGUGUUAUUAGGGAAUGAUGGCACGGGGAAGACGAGCUUGAUUGUGAAGUUACAAACUGGCGUAGCAGAAGUGAAAAAGGGUCAUGCGAUGGAAUAUAGUUACAUCAAUGUCUAUGACGAGGAGAGAGACGAUAGUACAAGGCUAAAUGUUUGGAUAAUGGAUGGUGAUGUUAGAUACAAGAAUCUCCUCAAGUUUGCCAUCACUAAGAAGUCUGCAAAAGAUGUGACUGUUAUUCUCAUUAUUGACAUGUCUAGACCAUGGACAAUUAUGGAUACGUUAAACUCCUGGGUACAUGUAUUAAGGGAGCAUAUACACUCAUUAAAUCUCUCUCCAAAAGAGCUAAAUGAAAUGGAACAUAAUAUAACUAAACAAUUCCAAGAAUACAUUGAUCCAGAACAAGGAGAAGAGAAACGAAAAAUUGGCAGCGAAGAGGAUGAUGUUGUUUUACCAUUAGACCCAAAUGUUUUAACAGAUAAUCUUGGUUUUCCUAUAGUUGUUGUUUGCACUAAGACAGAUUCCAUGUUAAGUUUAGAAAAAGAAAGGGAUUAUAGAAAUGAGCAUUUCGAUUUUAUACAGCAGCAAAUAAGAAGAUUCUGCUUAAAAUAUGGUGCUGGUUUAGUUUAUACAUCAGUUAAAGAAUCAAAGAAUUGUAACUUGUUAAAAAAAUAUCUUCUACACAGAAUAUACGGAUUUCCAUUUAGAGUUCCAGCCUCUGUCCUUGAUAGAGAAUCUAUUUUUAUACCGACUGGCUGGGAUAGUAUAUCAAAAAUAAACAUUCUCGAUGAACAAAUGAAUCGCAUCAAAGUAGAGGAUGCAUUUGAAGAUCAUAUUAAAAAACCAGAAUAUAGAAGGCCUAUUCAAGAUAUGGAACUCAAAUGCGAAGAAGAACAGUCGUUCUUAGAAAAGCAACAGCAAGCCUUGCUAAUGAAUCCACCUGCGAGCGGGCUGUCAAGGCCGCCAGGCAUGAUGGAUAUGACCAAAUCAAGAAUACCUGGCUCUCCUAGUGCAAGUCGAAUCUCUCCGAGCGGAAGGGCUGCUACGGGUGCCGGAAGCACAAUUAAAUCAAAGGAUGGAGCAAAGGUUGGCGCAGGGGGUCCUGGCGAAGGAGUUUUGGCAAACUUCUUCAACAGUUUGCUCAGCAAGAAGUCAAACGCCCAAGUUGGCAAGUCGUCUGUAAGACAGGACGCCAGUGCCGAACUGGAAAAAAUGACAAGGACGAAGAAGCUGGCGAAUAUGGAGAGCAACACGCAGUCUGGCUCCGAGAGUUCGUGAGAUGGUUUCCACAAUGUGGGACUAAUUUGUGACGCGCGAUAUGUACAGUAUAAUAUUGGUCAAAGAUGUCGGAAGGGUUAUUGCAGCAUAUAAUAAACAUGCAUGUCGGCGGCUUCGUUUUCAGCCGCAAAAUAAUGUAUGUAGAUGAUCUGACAAUUUAGGCUAUAUAGGUCGGUUUCAAUAAGUAUAUUACAAUAUGAGCGAAAAAUGGUCAAGCUUGACCUCUAGGAGUGAAAAAAAUAAAUCUGCAUAAUAUGUUGCGGGCAAAUAUGCAUAUGCAGCAGCAUUAAGUAAAGUCUAUAAUUCUCUUGCUCCCCCCCCCCCGUGCACUGAGUUGAUCUCCAUUUGAUCCUCGGAUGGAGAAAGAUGCGUAUAUAACAUAGUCGACUGACUUGUCCAGUUUCUGUGGUAUAGCAGUACAGUUAUCGUUUAUGAUACGAAGGAACUCUAUUUUCAAAAAUACCUGUGUGAUCCAAGAAAGAUGGCUAAGGUGUAAAAACAUAGUUAAUCAGUAAAAGUCAUAAGCUAUACUCUGUAAUUUUGAGUUCAUUACAAGUCGCCAAUUUAAGUAAAGGACAAGUUCUUAUUUUUCAAAUCCGA